AAACAUAGUUUUUCUUUCUUUUCCCAACCCCUCCUCUGCAGGUUUUCCUGAGCACCCUCUGUCUGUGAGUGUGUGUCUGAGUGUGUGUGUGUCUUAGUGUGUGUGUUAUGGCCUCUGGGACGGACGACUCAUACAGUAAGAUGCUAAUGCUAGGGGCCAUCGCCGCGGCGUCAGCCUUCGUGGUCACAAUCUUCAUCGUGGUGGUCUGUGUGGGCUGCCAGAGGAAAAACAAGACCAAACAUCCUGCGUCCAAUGGAGAGAAGGGCACCUCAGUAGAAAUGGGUGCUCUCCGUCAGCCCAAGAACAGUUCCAUGAGUAAAUCUGACACCAGGUUGCAUGAGAUCAACCGCACGCCCUGCAACGGCAACAGUGGGGGUAAGAACCGUCCAGCCAGUAUGGACCUGCUCCUCCUCCACAGCCGUCGCUCCACGUCUGACCUCCGCCCACCCCUGGUCCGCCAGCUCCCCCAGAUCCCCAACAGACCAGUGGGGAAGGGAGACCCCGAGGGGGGAGACAUUCGRGGGGGCGGGGGAGACGGGGUCAGAGACCACACCUACACUGAGGUGGGAAUCCGGAACUCACCCGUCCGUUGCCUUGAUGAUGGGCUGUAUGAGGUUGUAGGGGUUCGAGAGGCAGACACGGUGCCCCCCGCUCCCCCUCCCACGUCGGCCAACACCCCGGCAACACUAAGGGCCUCACAGAGCCCCAAUGGGACCCGCACCAACGUGGUCCGAAACGGGAAUGGAAACGGGAAUGGGAAGGGCAGAGGGAACGGCAGAGGGGGUGUUAAUGGCUGUAGCACUCUUGGUAGAGGAGGAGGGAAGGGGCCCAAUGGUGCUAACGGUGUUAACGGAUCUAGCGGCUCGCUCUUGUCCUCCCUUCCCUCCCUGGCCAUUCAGGACCCAGUAACGGCAGAGUACGCCUCCAUCCGGAAGGUCAAGAAGGUGAACAAGGCAACGAAGAACGAGAUAGGGAACACAGAGUCAGAUGAUCAAUCAAGUGUCCAAUCAAGUGUGGGAGAGUCACCCUCUGCCCCGCCCCUUCUGCUGCCCCGCAGCCAGGAGUUUCCACGGAAACAGCUGGAGCCAUUCCACCUGCACGUCUUCCCGAAGGAGACGGUGUUCAUGGGGAACGGGGAACAGUACAUCUGGAAGCCCCCAGAGGAUGAUGACAUCAUCACCCUGCACCGAGCGCCUGCACCCCCGGGGGAGAACGGACAGGGAUACAUACCUACAGCCAUGGAGAUCACAGACACCUACUCCACCGUGUGUAAACCACAGAAGAAGAAACCUUCCCCAGACCACAGCGCAGCCAAGACCCUCCCCCGCAACCACUGCCCUGGGGGGAAGAAUGGAGGAGGUAGGGGAGGAGGAGCAGGAGGGAAUGAGGGAGGGAACGGGGCGUGGGGUGGCGGUCGGGAGAUCCCGGGUGGCCAGGCCCGAUCCCAUGAGGAGCCCUGCUACGAGCCCGUCGGCGACAAGUCCUGGCCCACCUGUGUGGUGGCCGAGUCGGACCCGGCGUACGCCACUAUCGACUCCCACCGGAAACGUGAGUGGGCAGGAACCAAUAACGGUGCGCUGGGGGCGAACGCUACACUAAAGCCCAGGAAGAAGCCUCCUCAGCAGGGAGCAUCGUCUCCAGAGGCCCCAUGUCCCCAGGAACCUCCAGCAUGCCCCCCGGCCCCUCCAUCUAGGGCCUUGCCUGGGGGGGAGAACUUCUAUGAGACCAUCAGCGAUGUGAAACAGGGGGCCAACAGUGCCAGCACCACCACCAUCUUCACCUUCAACGACGGGGGAUGGAAGAUGUAUGUCACUGGCCUGUAGCUGAGAGACACUGGCUCACACACACACACACACACACACCACACACA